AUCCAAAUCUUUUUAUGAGAACCCAUCUGGUUUUUGUAUUGGAUAUAAGUAGAUAGAUAGCUACGUAUAUACUCGAACUCGAUCCAUUACGCUUUGAUUCGGAAAUGGACAAGUAUGAUGUUGUCAAGGAUCUGGGAGCUGGGAAUUUCGGUGUGGCUCGCCUUCUUAGACACAAGGACACUAAAGAGCUUGUUGCCAUGAAAUACAUCGAGAGAGGCCGCAAGAUAGAUGAGAACGUGGCGAGAGAGAUCAUCAACCACAGAUCACUUAAGCAUCCUAAUAUCAUCCGGUUCAAGGAGGUGAUUCUGACACCUACUCAUCUUGCUAUUGUGAUGGAGUAUGCUUCUGGAGGAGAGCUCUUUGAUCGAAUCUGUACUGCCGGUAGAUUUAGUGAAGCUGAGGCUAGGUACUUCUUUCAACAGCUGAUUUGUGGUGUAGACUACUGCCAUUCCUUGCAAAUAUGUCAUAGAGACCUGAAGCUUGAGAAUACACUGCUCGAUGGGAGCCCUGCUCCGCUUUUGAAAAUCUGUGAUUUUGGUUACUCUAAGUCAUCUAUACUACAUUCUAUUCCUAAAUCGACUGUUGGAACUCCAGCAUACAUAGCACCUGAAGUUCUUUCACGGAGAGAAUAUGAUGGCAAGCACGCGGAUGUGUGGUCAUGUGGCGUAACCCUUUAUGUGAUGCUGGUUGGAGCUUACCCGUUUGAGGACCCUAAUGAUCCAAAGAACUUCAGGAAAACAAUCCAACGUAUAAUGGCUGUACAAUACAAGAUCCCGGACUAUGUACACAUAUCCCAGGAAUGCAAACACCUUCUCUCUCGCAUAUUCGUCACUAACUCCGCAAAGAGAAUCACGCUUAAGGAGAUCAAGAAUCAUCCGUGGUACUUGAAGAACUUGCCAAAGGAGCUGCUAGAGUCGGCUCAAGCAGCAUAUUACAAGAGAGACACGAGCUUCUCUCUUCAAAGCGUAGAGGACAUAAUGAAGAUAGUUGGAGAAGCAAGGAAUCCAGCUCCAUCUACUAGUGCUGUCAAAAGCUCGGGCUCAGGAGCUGAGGAAGAAGAGGAAGAGGACGUUGAAGCUGAAGUGGAAGAAGAUGAAGAAGACGAAUACGAGAAGCAUGUCAAAGAGGCACAGUCUUGUCAAGAGCCUCACAAAGAUUAAAAGGAAAAUGCUCUCUGUUUCUGUUUUUAUCAUUUCUUCUUCAACAACACUGCUUGGUGACUUGCUUCUGGUAAAAAAGGCUGUAAACUACUACGUGCAGGUUAUUUCACUGUUUGAUUUGAUGUCUAUCGUUUUGUCAAUUGUUUACUGUUUAGUGUUUCUCAAGAAAUGAAAUCAGUUUCC